GUCCGACACCUAGACGGUCGCCAUGCAUAUCAUGAACGCCGUCGACAGUUUACUUGGAGUAGGAUUAUAUUUCCUCCUGCCCGCCGCGUUGCUUUAUAUCAUCAAUACUGUCUUCUUUGGCGCUGUUUAUCCCAGAGGAGUGCCUUUCAUCCGUGAACGUCCUGGAAAAACCAGCUUCAGUCUAAAAACGCGCCUUGCAUAUCUAACCGAUUGUGAGUCGCUCUUCCGCGAGGCAUAUCACAAGUACCUCAAAAAUGGAAAGCCCGUCAUUCUGCCUGGGUUCGGCGUACGCACCGAGCUCAUCCUGCCGGUCAGCUCGCUGCGCUGGGCGACGACGCAGCCGGACAGCGUGCUCAGCCCCGGCGAGGCGUUUGUCGAAAUCGACCAGGCCGAUUACAGUCUCGGCCAUUCACGGUAUGUUGUUGAUGCGUGGCAGGGGAUGCUGGUGAAGAACGAGAUGAAUGCGGUGUUGGAGAAUAUCGUUGCCGCAAUGAACGAAGAGCUGGGGGUUGCCUUUGACAGGUACUUUGGGACAGACGAGGAGAACUGGAGGGAUAUUGAUCUGCUUGAGGCUGCAAAACUGGUCGUCGCGCAGGCUGCAAGUCGCUUUACGGUGGGGUUGUCUUUAUGCCGCAAUGAGAAAUACCUCAACGAUAGCUUUGACGCCAUCGACGGAUGUGUCAUCACUGCCGGGGUUGUUGGUGGCUGUCCUCCCGUUUUGCGUCCAUUGAUCGGACCCAUAGCCGGUUUGAAAGCGCGAUUAGCGAACAGAAGGUUGCGGAAGCAUAUCGAGCCACUUUAUCAUGCACGUAUGGAAGCGCUCAAGCUACCGAUUGAAGACCAGCCCCAGGACCACUUCCAGAUGAUGUUGCGGUUCGCGCAGCGGGAGAGGAAGGAGGAGUUAUACAGCCUCGACCAGAUUGCAACGCGUGUGACGGUCGCCAAUUUUGGCUCGAUGCACCAGACUAGCAUCCAAGUGACGAACAUGCUGCUUAACAUUCUCGCGUCUGACCCAGAAUACAACACCAUCGCCGUGCUUCGGGACGAAAUUGACCAGGUUCUGGGAUCGGACACGGCCUGGACCAAGGCUAAGGUAUCCAAGAUGACAAAGGCGGAUAGUGUCGCGCGCGAAACACUGAGGUGCCACUCAUUCGGUGGCCGGGCAGUCUUUCGCAAGGUACUGGUGGACGGGGUAACUACUGAUACAGGGCUGCCGCUCCCUAAGGGGACGCUCUUCAGCUUCCUCAGUCAGCCGGCUCAUGUGGACGAAGAGACGUAUGAGGACCCGUUCAAGUAUGACCCUUUCCGGUUCUCGCGGGUCCGUGAAGCUGCAAACGAUCCAGCAAAGGCUGGCUCGCUCAGCUUUGUGUCAACCGGGCCGAGUUACCUGGCCUUCAGUCAUGGCAAGCAUGCCUGCCCCGGGCGGUUUCUGGUGGACUUUGAGUUGAAGAUGAUUAUCGCAUACGUGCUAAAGAACUACGAUAUCCGGUUUCCCGAGGAGUACCAGGGGAAGAGACCGGCGAACCGGUGGGUGGCAGAGGCAGUAUUUCCCCCAAGCGGCGUUAGGGUGUUGGUGAAGAGACGGCGGGCUUGAUUGUGUGCUUUUCUCCUUUCAGAUUGAUUCAUGUAAAUGCAAGUGAUCGAAGUCUCUACCAUAUCCGCCUAGAAAGCUGCAAAAAGCAAGAAUAAAAC